AUGGCUGACAACAUCACGCUUACCGAAGAUGCCACAUUAGAAGGCGGCAACCCCCCUAAGGAGCCCGGCGAUACUCCCACGCCCUCUGCUGCUGCUGCUGCUGCUCCUCCUCCUCCUCCUCCCACAGCAUCCAAACCCAACGGCGCUCCUGCUGCUCCUGCUGCCGCUUCCAACACUAAGCCAUCUACAAUUCUCGCCAACUGCGAACCCAAACCUCUCAUGGCCACCCCCUAUUCCGAUCGCAUCCAGGCCGCCAUCCGCGAGGGAAGCGUUCGCGUCCCCACCGAAGAGCGCGAGAUCCGCGCUCGCGAACUCCUCGUCUUUUCCGAUAGCGAGACCGAGUCCAAUCUCUCUCGUCCUCCAUCCCCCGACCGCGAUCGCUACCCCAAGCACCGCCUCAGUGGUCUUCAGAGCAAGGACCAGACCAUUGUCAAGCAUGGCCUCGAAGCAGAGGGCCCCGAUGGUCUCGCUGCUCGUCUCGAGCUCACACGUGAAAACAGUCCCUACGACAUUCGUGCCCAGCUCGCCUCGCCCAGCUUUGCCCAGGUCGGCGGCCAGCUCGAUGGCUCGGCUGCUAGCACCAACCCACCCUCGCUCGUUUCCUCCAGACGUCCAUCUGCGGGUACAUCAGCGCAGGCCAAUGCUACUGCCGCUGCCGCCGCCGCCACUACUGCUGCUUUGCGUCCCUCAUCGCCGCCUCCCCGCGCCAUGUCACCCAGCAAGGCACCCGCCUCCACCAAGCUCAGCCACAACACGCUCUCCGGUCCUACCAACGCCACUUUUGCCUCUUCCCCACGCCCUCAACCUCACGCAGAGCCCACGCGCCUUCCGUCCAACAGCGGCGGCGAGAACAAGGAAAAGCCCAAGGAGAAAGAGUCCAAGGGCAUGUUCCGCCGCAUGCUCUCCGGUGCCGGUGGCGGUCACUCCGACAAGGACAAGGACAAGGCCAACGCCGAGGCUGCUGUCGCCAGCAGCCCCAGCCGCGAACGCCUAUCGCCUCGCACUGCAGCGAGCCAGCAGGCCAGCGGCCACGUGUCGCCCAUGCGAUCACCUUCGCUCAGCAGAGGCUCCACGCCUCCCCUGAGCCCUCGCAACGAGGUGGAUGAGGCUGCGCUCGCUUCCGGAUUCCAGGCCAUGAACGUGACAAGUCCACCUGGCAGCCAGCCUCCCAGCCGCAACGUCUCCAUCAAGCGCAAGGACGGCAAAUCCGAGUCCAGUUCCAAGGACGCUGGUGCCACCGAAGGCAGCCGUCUCACCGUAGCAGCGCUGCGCGACUGGGAUGCCAAAGCUAAGCCCGACAAGUCGAGCAAGAAAUCGGACAAGGGCAAGGAUGGUGAUGCCAAGUCCACCGCUAGCUCGACGCUACGCGACAUGAUCAUGGGCAGUGCUCCCAAACUCUCGCGCCGUGGCUCCAGCGCCAGCCACGGCAACAAGUCGGACGGAGGCAGCAAGAAGGGCGGUAGCACAGCGGGAGGCGAGACCGCCAGUCUGCUCAAGAAGUACGGUGUCUGCGAAAAAGCUGCGAUCGGCAAAGGUGCCACCGCCGUAGUGCGUCUGGCGCACAAGUGGGAUCGAUCCACCGAAAAGCUGUACGCCGUUAAAGAGUUCCGAAAGCGUCGCAAGAACGAGACGGAAAAGGAGUACGUCAAGAAACUCACUUCUGAAUUUUGUAUCUCUUCGACGCUCCACCACAUCAACAUUGUCGAGACGGUCGAUCUGGUGCAAGACGAAAACCGACACUGGUGCGAGGUCAUGGAGUACUGUCCUGGUGGCGAUCUGUAUGCUGCCAUCAAGCGCGGCGGCAUGUCGCAGGCCGAGGUCGAAUGUUCGUUCAAGCAGAUCCUCAACGGCAUCUUUUACUUGCAUUCGAUGGGUGUAGCGCAUCGCGAUAUCAAACCCGAGAAUCUGCUGCUCGACGGACACGGUCACAUCAAGAUCACUGAUUUCGGCGUGUCGGACGUGUUCCGAAUGUGCUGGGAAAAGUCUACGCACUACUCCAAGGGACUCUGCGGCUCGGAGCCGUAUAUUGCACCCGAGCAGUUCGAGAAGAAGGAGUACGACGCGCGACUGGUGGAUGUUUGGGCGGCGGCAGUGGUGUUCUACUGCAUGCAGUUCCAGGAACUUCCCUGGCGCGUGGCCAAGAUGUCGGACCCGACAUUCAAGGAGUACGUGCAGUCGUAUCUUAGCAGCCCAGCUCCUUCGCCGCUGUCGAAUCUGAGUCCUAGAGACUGCCGGCCGCUGCUCAAGAAGAUGCUUUGUCCGGAUCCCAAAGGCAGGUGGACCAUGGAUGAGGUGCUCAAGGAUCCGUGGUUGAUGUCCGUGCCCAUAUGCGAAGAGGGAAAGCAGAACGAUCAUACCCACUCGAGCGCGCCCACCAAUUCGUCGUAG